AUGGAGUUUCACGCCGUCAUUUUGUGUGGUCCUGGGAAGGCAUUAACUCCGUUUUCCCUGAUCAGAUCCACCGGAACCCCAAAGGCUCUUUUACCCAUUGCCAAUAGACCUAUGAUAGAAUAUGUUUUGGAAUGGUGUGACAGAGCAUUUUUCCCUCAAGUCACCGUGGUUUGUGACGAUGACUCCAAGGACGCCAUUCUGGGUGCCUUGGAGCAGUACAAGAAGAAACGGGAACAACAACAGGCGGCACUCAUUGCCGAGGAAGAAGGAUCCCAUGGAGCUGUUCCUGGCUCUGUUGGUGCCUCCAACAACGCCUCUUCCGGUGCUGUUGCCAACGACACCCCAUCAAACAUUUCUGUGGUGACUCUCACCACUGAACAUAGUGGUGAAAUCUUACAUCAUUUGUAUAAGACAUCAACUCUCAAGAAAUUUCAAAAUUUUGUUUUACUUCCAUGUGAUUUUGUUACAGAUUUACCACCUCAAGUACUUAUUGAGGCCUAUAGAAACAAAUCUGAAUCAGAUUUGGGUCUCUUGGUGCAUUACCGUAAUCAAUUUGAUAACAUAGAAGACAAAAAAUCAAAGAUUUUCAAGAAAAAUUAUACCAUCUACACCGACGUUGAUGAUGGCCAAACCAGACUCUUGGAUAUUAUGUCCAGUGAAGAUGUCGACUUCCACAAGGCAUUGCAAUUGCGUACCCAGAUGUGCUGGAGACAUGCAAACUCCACUGUAGCCACCAAGCUCUUGAACUCAUGCAUCUUUUUCGGAUCUGGUGAAUUGAUUUUCCCCAUUUUUGAAAAUCCUCAGGAAAAAUUCACUGAUUCUUAUUUCCGUCAUCGUUCUGCCACCAAGGUCAUCCGUGAUUUGGCCAAGCGUUCAUGGAAACAUUCUGAACCUCGUGAAAACGUUGGAUUCCUUAUCUUACCCCAACAAGCCACUUUCUUCCGUAUCAACAACACACCAGUGUUUAUGGAGGCAAACCGUUACUUCAUGAAGUUACAAGCAUCUCUGAGAGCACAACAACAGCACGCUGCUACUACUGCUGCUCAAUCUUCCGGUCAACAACCUCCAAAGGACAAGAAUUCCGCCAAUGUCGGUGCAGACUCUCUUGUUGGACAUGCAACCACUUUGGAUGAAAAGACCACUGUCAAGCGUACCGUUGUUGGUACUGACUGUAAGAUCGGUAAGCGGGUCAAAUUGACUGGAUGUGUCAUUCUUAACAACGUUACAAUCGAAGAUGAUGUUCAUUUGGAAAACUGUAUAGUGGGGAACAACGUUAUUAUUCACAGUAAGGCCAGAUUAACUGCCUGUAAUAUCGAAUCCACUCUCGAAGUUGCCAAGGGUACUCAGGCCAAGGGUGAAUCAUUGUUGUGCUUGUCCUUAGAAGGGCUUGUAGCUGGCGGUGACGAAGGUGAUAAUUUCGCUGUGGGAUCUGAAUCUGAUUCCGAUGAUUACGAUAGUGAAGAAGACGACUCCGAAUCUGGAUCUGGAAGUGAAGGUGAAUUGGACGAAUAUGGUGACAACUCAGAUGGGUUGUUUGCUUACUAA